GCGGCGGCGGGACACGGGCUGCGGCGGGGCCUCCCGUAGGGCCCCGUGGUGGUGGUUGUGGUGGUGGCGGCGGGGACCGGCCGGGGCCUCGCUGCUCCAUGUGGGUCCCGUCCUAAGGGAAAUAUGAUCAGCGCCCCCGACGUGGUGGCGUUCACCCGGGAGGAGGAGCUGGAGGAUGAGCUGUACAGCGAGCCGCCGCUGCCCGAGGAGUACUCGGUGCCGCUGUUCCCCUUCGCCAGCCACGGGGCCAACCCUUGGGCCAAGGUCGCCAGCUCCAAGUUCAGCCGGGAUUUCAUCCUCAUUUCCGAGUUCUCAGAGCAAGUGGGGCCUCAGCCCCUCCUGACCAUCCCCGAUGACGCCAAAGUGUCGGGUACUUUCGAUCUCAAUUACUUCUCCCUGCGGAUCAUGUCUGUGGAUUACCAGGCUUCCUUCGUGGGGCACCCUCCCGGCUCUGCCUACCCGAAGCUGAACUUCGUGGAGGAUUCCAAAGUGGUGCUGGGGGACUCGAAGGAGGGAGCCUUUGCCUACGUGCACCACUUGACUCUGUACGAUUUGGAAGCGAGAGGGUUUGUGAGGCCCUUCUGCAUGGCCUAUAUUUCUGCUGAUGAGCACAAAAUCAUGCAGCAGUUCCAGGAACUCUCUGCCGAGUUUUCCAAAGCUUCCGAAUGCCUAAAGACAGGGAACCGGAAAGCUUUUGCUAAUGAACUGGAAAAGAAACUGAAAGAUCUCGACUACACCAGGACUGUCCUGCACAACGAAACCGAGGUGCAGAAGAAAGCCAAUGACAAAGGGUAUUACACGACCCAAGCCAUUGAGAAAGCCAACGAGCUGGCCAGUGUGGAAAAGUCCAUCAUCGAGCACCAAGACCUGCUGAAACAAAUCAGGUCGUAUCCCUACAGGAAGCUGAAGGAAUCUGACUUCCACCCCUACGAGCCGGAGUGUGCACUGCUGGAUCAGGCCAACGCGGGCUGCGAUCGGGACCCCGCUACCUCCGACCCUGCUGAAACUCCCUUUUACACCCAUGUGCCGUCCUAUACCCCCAAGCUCAUCAAAGCCAAGUCUGCCAAAUGCUUUGACAAGAAGCUGAAGACGCUGGAGGAGCUCUGUGACGUGUAUUUUUUCACCCAAACCCUGGACCAGUUGCACCAGAUCGAGAGGACUUUCAGGGGAGACGUGUGCUACCUCCUGACAGAGCAGAUCAGCAGGGCACUGCUUAGGCAACAGACCAUAACUAACUUCCUCUUUGAGGAUGUGUCUUGUCUGGAUGAGAAACCACCCGAAAAACAAUACGGAGGCUGCCAGGGGCACAGUCAUGAUGCUAGAGAUGGAAAGUGUUCGGAAGAGUUCCCUGCUCCUACGGUGGUCAUCAGCUUGGGAUCCUACAAGUCCAGCGUGGAAUGCGUGCCCAUCAAGAUGGAGCAGGAAAUCGAGGACUCCCAAGAACCCCAAAUGAGCGAGUCUGUGACGUUUGAGCACCAGGAGAACCUGGAUUACCUCGAUGCAGAUAUCAAAGGCAGCAUCAGCAGCGGUGAGAGCAUCGAGGUUCUGGGAACGGAGAAGUCUGCCUCUGGCUUGCCAAAAUCGGAGAGCCAGGCCAGCCUGCCCGUGAGCCCCAGCCCCCAGGUGGGCAGGAGCAAGGUGGGCAGCAGGAGGACCGUCAGCGAGGACAGCAUCGAGGUCCUCAGCACGUGUCCCUCCGAGUCGCUCAUCCCGGAGGAUUUCAAAGCGAGUUACCCAAGUGCCAUUAACGAGGAGCCCUACGUGGGUGAUGAAGAGGGAGGCCUUCGCUUCACCCCCAGACUGAACCCGGACGAUGCCGACGAGCAGGAAGACGUUUCAAACCAGGAAAACUUAGUGCAGGUGGAUUCUGCUUGUUGUAUCGGGAAGGAGAGCCCCAACUUCCUCGAGCCUCUGCCUGACCUGGGACACAAGCCCUGCGAUGAGGACGGGGUGGUCAGGAUCCCCCCGCAGCCAUACCGGGCGGCUGAACCGGGGCUGCACGGCACCUUUGGGAGCUUCCCCUCCCACGAUGGCAUCUCGGGGGGGCUCCUGCCCUACGAGCUUGACUCUCGCUACCUGGCGGGCAGCAGGGAGGUCAGUAAGAGCAGCCUGGAUGAGUGCUCAGACUCCACGAGCUAUAUGAGCAGCGCUGCCUCCACGUGCUCCGACAGGACCCCUUCUCCAGCCCACCCUGCCUGCCAGGGGGCUGACAGGCACAAGAAGAAGGCUGGGCAGAACGCCCUGAGGUUCAUCAGGCAAUACCCCUUUGCCCACCCUGCCAUCUACUCCCUGCUCAGCGGCAGGACCCUCAUCGUGCUGGGCGAGGAGGAAGCCAUAGUGAAGAAGCUCGUGACGGCGCUCUCCAUCUUCGUGCCCAACUGCGGCCUUUACGCCAAGCCCGUGAAGCACUGGGUCACCUCCCCUCUGCACGUCGUGGAUUUCCAGAAGUGGAAGCUGAUCGGGCUCCAGAGGACGGUGUCUCCUGGCGGGGUGAACGUGCUGCACGCCCUGAGCCGCUACAGCCGCUACAUCAGCAUCCUGGACGCUGACAGUAAGACUCUGCGCUGCCCCCUUUACAAAGGCUCCGUGGUGUCCCGGCUGGCGGAUCACCGCACGCAGAUCAAGCGAGGAAGCACCUACUAUAUGCACGUCCAAAGCAUCCUCACCCAGCUGUGUUCGAAAGCCUUCCUCUUCACUUUCUGCCAUCAUUUGCACCUUCCCAUCAGCGAAAGGGAACCCGAAGAAGCCGUUGUGAAUCGUAGGAUGAACUUUCUGAAGCUUCAACUGGGCCUGGUCAAUGAAGACGUCAAAAUCGUGCAGUACCUGGCGGAGCUGCUGAAGCUGCAGUACAUUCAGGAACCCGGGCAGGGGCUGAGCCCUCUGCUCCGCUUUGACUACGUGCCCAGCUUUUUGUACAAGAUCUAGCCUCCUGUGGGCCAUCUGCGCCGGGGUCUGACAGAGCUCAUCCCUGCUUCACAUCGCUGUCUGCAGUAGCUCUCAUACGUCAGGAAGGGGUGAAGAAGCCGAUGCGUUUGUGAGCGUCUCUGCUCCACAGGAAUCCCUGUCUGAGGGACUGGAUUUCUGUUCCCCGUAGCCAACAAUGUAGAUGUUCCAUCCCCGAAACCACCGGGCACUCUGUUUUUAAGUGUUAGAAGGGGCACUGUUAACUUUUCGUGGCAGCAUCCCAGGGGGAAUAGGGCAUGGAGAGAGGUGGGCUGUGUCGGGGAUCAAUACUAGUGCACAGCCCUCAAAACAACAGUGCUCCACAUGCUUCUGCCAGAUCCCUAAAUGCUGUUGGUCCCUUCCGAGGAGCCUGGAUGGAGACCACAGGGGAGAUGUAAAGGCCACGUGAAGGUUUUAAUCCACUGGUGUCUCAUGUGAAGCUCGCUGGCAGGGUGGCAGCUUGCAGUUACCCAUCUGGGUGCGGCGGGUGGUGUUCCCUUCUGUGUUUAUCCAAGUUUCCUGACGCUUCCCGGGACAGGUUGUGCCUGGGUGGGUGGGAGCAGAGUGGAAGCACAUGUGCUUCUCUCCAGAAAGUGUUUUCCAGUUUCUCUCAGCUUUGUUAAGAUCCGGAAUGUGGAAGGAUUCACCCGCUGCCAUGAAUGUAGAGCACUGUGCCUUGUAACUUGUCGUGUCCUGUUUGCACCUCCGAGAAGGGUGGGAAAGAGAUGGGAAUCCUCAGAGCACAUGAAGUUGAGGGUGGCCUUUUAAGCAGAGAGAUUGGAGGGCUGAAAUGAGUGGGGGGAGCCUCAUUUUUAGGUGCUUUUUGUGAUGGGGGGGAUCGAACAGUGCAAUGAAGUGAUGCUGGGAGCAGCAGGCUGGUAGAGCAGCUGCCUGGCUGGGGAGAUACGAGUGCUCAGGAGAGAUCAGGGAUGGAUGGACCAGGUUCUGUGUUGUAUAUGUGAUAGUUUAUUUUGUUUUGGUGUAUUUCUAUCAUGGAGUUCACUUCUGUGCCGUGUGGCACAGCAGGGUCAGUGUCACUGCAUGCUGCUUCUGGCCUUUGUCAUGUCUCCCCUACCUCUCCUAGGGCGCUCCUGGGUAGCUCUGGACGGGGCAGAACUGCUGCUCUCUGAGCCUGGAUGUUGAGGACUUUUCCUUUCAAAGCUUCUGUGCUGCUGCCUGUGCCAUAAAGGUUGUGCCACCGGCGUGGUGACAGCCCCACGUUGUUCCUGUCAGUGCUGGGGGCACAACGCUUCCAUGUGGAGUCUCAGAGGAGAUGCUGCUCCUUGGCCACUGGUCCUGGGCUGUGGUUUGCUCUGCCCAGUGCCAAGUGGCUGUAGCAGCCCCUGUGGUACUCCUAAGCAAGAAAAGCCUUGCAAGGGAAGGUAGCCUUGGUUUUAUUUGUGUUUUAGCACUCUGAUUAUGGCAGGAGAACAGCUGAGAUUGUACAAAAUGAGCUGAUGUGUUGUUUGCUUUGGGUUUAUUUAUUCCUUUAAACCUCUGUUUCUGCUGUGAGGCAGUGCUGGAGGUGAAGGUGAUGUCCCUUCUGAGCCCAGGGCAGGUUGUGUGUACAGACAUGGCUCAGACCCACUGAACCUUGCUGUAAGAACCACACCGCUCCAAAACCGGUGUCCUGAAAGCAAGGAGGCUCCUCGGGCAGGCUGUGGGCACCAGCAUCUGCACCUCAGCACCACCGCUGCUCCUUUCUUCUUUAUAUUUGAGGUAUAAAGGCUGUUUUAAAUGUCAGUGUUGUUUCUGGUGGUGUACAGCGGGGUUGUGGUACUCUCCAGAGGGAUUUCCAAGGUCAGGGAUUACUUGUGGCAGCGGGUUGAGGUCCCAGAGGGGAAGCAGCGUGGCUGAAGGUGAGCAGAAGUGCAUGUGGCAGGGCUCAAUGCCUUUAGAGCAUGUUUAAAGGCCUCAUCCUUUCUGAACUGUGCCCUCCUGUCGUGUGUGAACUGGAUCUGCUGGUGAAAGACUUCUGUGUCCAUCCAAAAGGUGAUUUGAGGUGUCCUCUGGUCCGUU